AUGUGGAAUAUUACAGACCCAUGGAUGUGGUUUGACGACCUUUUAAAUUCCACUGGCAUGCCACCUCUAGAAGAAGAUUACAGCCCCUGUGAGGUAGAGACUGAGACACUCGACAAGUAUGCUGUGGUCGUCACCUAUGCCCUCCUGUUCCUGCUGAGCCUGCUGGGAAAUUCCUUGGUGAUGCUGGUCAUCUUAUACAGCAGAGUCAGCCGCUCUGUCACCGAUGUCUACCUGCUGAACCUGGCCUUGGCCGACCUGCUCUUUGCCCUGACCUUGCCCAUCUGGGCUGCCUCCAAGGCGAAUGGCUGGAUUUUUGGCACACUCUUGUGCAAGGUGGUCUCGCUCCUAAAGGAAGUCAACUUCUACAGUGGCAUCCUGCUACUGGCCUGCAUCAGUGUGGACCGCUACCUGGCCAUUGUCCAUGCCACACGCACAUUGACCCAGAAGCGUCACUUGGUCAAGUUUGUUUGUCUGGGCUGCUGGGGACUGUCUCUGAUUCUGUCCCUGCCCUUCUUCCUUUUCCGCGAGGCCUAUCGUCCAAACAAUUCCAGUCCAGUCUGCUAUGAGGUCCUGGGAAAUGACACAGCAACAUGGCGGAUGGUGUUGCGGAUCCCGCCCCACACCUUUGGCUUCGUUGUGCCACUGCUGAUCAUGCUGUUCUGCUACGGAUUCACCCUGCGCACGCUGUUUAAGGCCCACAUGGGGCAGAAGCACCGGGCCAUGCGCGUCAUCUUUGCUGUGGUCCUCAUCUUCCUGCUCUGCUGGCUGCCCUACCACCUGGUCCUGCUCACAGACACCCUCAUGAGGACCCAGAUGAUCAAGGAGACCUGUCAGCGCCGCAAUGACAUUGACCGGGCCCUGGAUGCCACCGAGAUUCUGGGAUUCCUCCACAGCUGCCUCAACCCCAUCAUCUACGCCUUUAUUGGCCAAAAUUUUCGUCAUGGAUUCCUCAAGAUCCUGGCCAUGCAUGGCCUGGUCAGCAAGGAGUUCUUGGCACGUCAUCGCGUUACCUCCUAUACUUCUUCCUCUGUCAAUGUCUCUUCCAACCUCUAA